GAUGGCGACCACGUGGAGCGAACUAAGGCCAACUUUGUCUAAUUCAGUUUUAGAUAUCAUGGACAAGUUUGGCUUCCAAAAGAUGACACCAGUACAGGCAGCCACAAUUCCACUGUUUAUGUCAAACAAAGAUGUAGCAGUCGAGGCGGUUACUGGAUCUGGAAAAACCUUGGCCUUUUUGAUUCCAAUUGUGGAAAUGCUCCUGCAAAGGGAAGAGAAGCUGAAGAAACAUGAUGUUGGUGCCAUCAUUAUCACUCCAACAAGAGAACUUGCAAAACAGAUUGACGAAGUCCUAAGAACAUUUACAAAGGAUCUCAUCCAGCUAAAGCAGCUACUUCUGAUAGGGGGAGUGGACCCUGUGGAAAAUAUGCAGAGAUUCAAAUCAGAUGGAGGUCACAUUAUUAUUGGCACACCAGGGAGAUUAGAGGAUUUAAUGACAAGAAAGCAAGAGGGGAUAGAUCUGGCUGCUCAUGUUCGAUCUCUGGAAGUUCUUGUCUUAGAUGAAGCUGACAGAUUGUUGGACUUGGGUUUUGAAGCUAGCAUAAAUACUAUUCUGGGUUUUCUCCCAAAGCAAAGAAGAACAGGCCUGUUUUCUGCAACUCAGACAGAUGAAGUCGAGGCUCUAGUGAGAGCUGGCUUGAGAAAUCCUGUUAGAGUAACAGUUAGAGAGAAAUACUCCAAGUCUAAGUCAGAACAGAGGACACCAUCCACACUAAAGAACUUUUACACAAUAUGUGAAAGUCAAGAAAAGUUCUCAAGAUUGGUGUCCUUCCUCAAGGCAAGGAAGACCUGCAAGAACAUGGUAUUUUUCAGCACAUGUGCUUGUGUUAACUAUUUUUCAAAGGCUCUUGAAAGGUUUCUUUCGAAUGUGAAAGUGCUGUCUAUCCAUGGAAAAAUGAAGUCAAAACGGCAUAAAGUAUUUGAUAGCUUCAGAAAACUUAAAAGUGGUGUUCUGAUCUGCACUGACGUCAUGGCCCGAGGAGUGGACAUUCCAGAGGUGGACUGGGUCAUACAGUUUGAUCCUCCCAGUAGUGCAAGUGCUUUCGUUCACCGCUGUGGAAGAACGGCAAGAAUUGGAAAUCAGGGGAAUGCUUUGUUGUUUUUGCUUCCUGCUGAAGAAUCUUACGUGGAAUUUAUAUCCAUCAACCAAAAGGUCCCUCUUCAAUCUUUCGAAAUAGAAGGAGAAGUGACAGACGUUACGCCCAAGCUAAGACAGAUGGCUAUGAAAGACAGGGAUGUGUACGAAAAGGGGAUGAAGGCUUUUGUGUCAUUCGUACAGUUCUACAGAAAGCACGAGUGUAGUUUAAUUUUUAGAUCAAAUGACCUGGAGCUCGGAAAACUCGCAACGGGAUUUGGCCUCCUAAAGUUGCCCAUCAUGCCAGAGCUUAAGGAUAAGAGUGUGGAUUUUGAGCCAGUGGAUGUAGAUGUUGAUAAACUUUAUUACAAGGACAAAAACAGAGAAAAGCAGAGAAAAAGAAUGCUGCAGGAAUCGAGCGAGAAUGGUUUUUAUCCAACGGACUCGAAGAAAAAGAAAUUCCGUAAGGAGACCGUCCCGUGGUCCAAGAACAAAGAGAGAAAAGUCAAAAGAGAGAAGCGGAAAGCACGUAGAGAAUUUUUUAAAACGCAGCGCCAAAAACAUCAGUUUGAUGAAGAUGAACUUGAGGAUCUUGCGCGUGAUGCGCGCUUGGUGAAAAAACUUAAGGCGGGAAAGAUCAGUGAAAAACAGGUGGAUACGCAAUUAGGAAAUGACGAAGAAAUCACUCCCAAUUUGUAAGAACUGGCUUGCCGAACCGUCUUGUUUGUAAAUUGAAGGGUGUUCCAAGAAUUCACGAUACUUCCCUUAGAAGUCUGGCCUAAUUGCGAGGAUGACAAAUUAGUGAGGGGGGGACCCCUCUCUCCUCUUUCCUCACUAGAUUGUGAUAAAGGGGGUAAGUUUCUAAAGAAACUGUGGUGCUGCGUCAGAGGGGGGGUAUAACAA